AUGGCUGGGACAGUCACUGUGUUGAAGACCUCUCCUGUUCGACUUGGGGAUCAGGUCGAUGAGUCAACGGUGUACUUUCAUCGUCUUUUCUGGAUAUUUCCACCAUGCAUCGAGGCCUUCUGGCAUUGCAAGCCCCUGGUGAGUAUUGAUGGUACCCACUUGUAUGGCAAGUAUGGAGGCACGUUAUUGUUGGCGAUAGCGCAGGAUGGGAACUCAAACAUCCUCCCGAUAGCCUUCGCCCUUGUGGAGGGAGAAAAUGCGGAGUCAUGCUCAUUCUUUUUGUCCAACCUACGAUUGCAUGUGACAUUGCAGGAGGGUAUUCUUGUUUUCUCUGACAUGCACAAUGGCAUUAAGGCUGCACUUGAGGCCCAUGAGAAUGAUUGGCUGCGUCCACAUGCUUUUCGAGUGUUCUGUAUUCGUCAUGUGGCCGCAAAUUUUAGCCUUAGCUUCAAAUGUAAAGAUGCAAGGAGGAUGCUGGUGAAUGCUGCCUAUGCAAAAACUGAAGUAGAGUUUUAUUACUGGUUUGACAUCAUGUGGACUGAAAAUCUGGCUAUGUGUGACUGGGCCAACCGGAUGGAGUAUGACAAGUGGACCCAACAUGAGGAUAGCGGUAGACAGUUUCGGCACAUGACAACGAACAUUAGUGAAUGUGUGAAUUCUGUGUUAAAGGGAACUUGCAACCUCCAGGUCACAUCGUUGGUUAAGACAACUUACGGGAGGCUUGCUGAGCUAUUCGUGGUCCGGGGACAGACGGCAGAGACACAGUUGGGAUCUAGGCAUGAAUUUUGUCAGGCGUUGAUAAAGGCUAUUGAUCAAAACAUAAGAGACUCCAGGUGCUUCACCAUCACAUUAUACGACAGGCACCAAUCGGAGUACACGGUGGCUGAGACGACACCGACCGGAAACUUCUCGCUAGAUGUUCAACGUGCACAAGUAAGGGUUUGUUUCGCCUAUCCCAGAAGGCCUAUGGCCCCAUAUGCUGGACCAACAAUCAUUCCUAAUCCUAACAUGAGGCGUGCAAGGGAAGGACGUCCGAAUGUAACCAGGAUCCUUGGUAGCAUGGAUCAGUUUGUUGUGAUCCACCCGAAGCGCUGUGGGCUAUGCCGUUAG